GUUGUUGGCACAUUCUUGGGUGGUAGUUCCUAUUUUGCGGUAUCAAAGCUCCUUUUGUAGGACGACCAGAGGCGGGGAACUCUUCGUAUUCCUUUGUUUACUCUUCUUUGCUCGAGGACUGCGUACACACGCUAAGUCUUGUUAGCUCGGUGAGACUGUUUGUCAUGGCUGAGUCUUCUCCCUCAGGUGAGGGACGUGGUCGUGUUCGUUGGGGACGCGUAGAAGAGCAUUACCUGGAUUCUCCGCAGCCUCGUCGGCGAGAGAUCAGGUAUCCAGCCAGGCGAGGCACAUUUGAGAGAGCUGAUGUUCCUAUUGACGGGGCUCGUGUUCGUAACGACACUAGACGGGUAGUCGGGACAUCGUCUCGGCAGUCUACAGAUGACGUUCCAGUACAGACCUACACCGAGUGGGAAAUCCCUGCAGAUUUCCCAAUCCAGGCUUCAGUUGUACCUGAUAGAGACUAUACUGAGUCUCCACGCCCGAUUGAAGUUGAUGGCGAGGAUGGAGAUGUAAACCCCAGACAGAGACAACUCUCCUAUGACAGAAGCGACUACGGCCGUCGCUACAAAAGUCGGUCAAGAUCGCCCAUAUACCCCCGCUAUGAAAGCUCAAGACGUGAGAGAUACUUUUCUCGUGAUGCUCCCUCACGUACUGUAGGAUAUAAUAGUGACUGGUACCCGAGAACAAGGGGGUGGAGCUUUUCAAGCAACGAAUAUGACCCUUACGAUAAGUUUGAUUUCUCAUCCCGGACCCAGUCGAUCAUAGAGCCAUCGAAGGCAGACGAUUCUGAUGCCGAAUAUCCUGAGUCUGAAGAGAGAACUCUUGUUGCGGAGCGUUCCACUCUCGUGAAGGACGAGAAGGCAUCUAACUUACGCUCUCAGCUGACGCUUGUUCAUUCUUCGGCCUAUACUGGGAGUGCUGAAAUGGGUGGUUCUCAUGCAGCAGUCUUAAAUCUUGUUCAUGAUCCUAAAGGACAGAAAAAUCCCCUAUUCCGCUGGCUCCACGUUCCACAGGACGUGAUGAACUUUGAAGAUUUCUGGGUUGAGAUCAGCCGGAUCUCAGGACUGACAGAGCUGGAGAAAAGGGCCGUAUCGAGGCUUCGUUCUGAUGUCAAAAAGAACUGCGUGAAGUCUAGGACCAACCCUAAAGGUGCAAAGGUUGGAUACUUGGACCCGAAAUACAUUGAGGUACCAUUAAAAUCACUAGAAGAGAAAGCAAUGACGUCCGAUUCAGUGACUGGCUCAGCACGAUGGAUUUGUAUUCCCUACUUCUCACUCGAGCAGUACUCUGGUCUACUCGCUGCUACCAGCGUAUCUCUUUUUCCAGCUCAGACCUUGCUGCAAGUCCAGUACUCCCGAAACACUGCAGCAAGGGACAUGGAGCAAGCGGUGGUUCAGUUAGGAAACGCAGAACGUGGAGAAUGUUUUCAUAUAUCCCAACUGUGGUGUCUUGUCAUUGAUAACAGCUUAGUAGUAACAUGCGCGACGAUGACUAGGGACGAUCUGCUGGGACAAGGGCUUGAGAUUAAAGAACACCCAUCUCGUGCUGUAACUAAUGAACGCAAAGGACUAAUAUUGGUGGCAUACGGUGAUUCGGUUGUCUGGUCAUUUAAAGCCGAUGAGUGCCACACGUGGUUUGCAUUCCUGUCUAAGUUCCAAGCAUUCUGGCCCAAAGUCCCUGAGUUCUGGCAUAAGGAUCAGGCCGUCACAGCAGACGCAUGGCCCAAGAUACUCAAAUUGGCUUCGACCGUGAAGUCAAUGUCACUUAAGAUUACCAUGAAGCUGGGUUCCCUGCCUGAUCCUCCCCCGCGAGCCAUUCUACGAUCAGAUCCACAAGUUCUCCCAAGUACGCAUGGUGGAAAGGGUAAACCUAAGGCGCAGGAAUUUGCUCAUGUGUUGUCCUUGGCGACAGGGGGCACCAGCGGUCCUCAAAUCCAGGGGACUGGUUUCAAGUCUCUUGAAGCCCAGCUGGAUGCGGCCGAGGCCUUUUUAACAUGCGACACAACCUAUACAGAUCGAAAAGCAUAUAAGACCUGCAAAGAAGCCACCAGAAAGGAGUGCUAUGACUAUCUAGUCGAGUUAUCUGGUCGAAUGGAGGAAGAUGAGAGUGAUUUCUUACGACGUGCAUACGAGGAAAAGGUUGAUGUCUUCAACGCUGCCGAUAUUGUUUACAGCUUCUUUUUACCCAUGACUUUUAAAGGUCCCAUGGUCGGAAAGUUCUGGGGUGCUGUCAGAUCGAUAAUUGAGUUAACCAUGCCAGAUGGUAAGUCGACUUCUGACAGCAUUACCGGUAGCCUUCGGAUCUCUCUCAGAGACUUGACGCGAAAUCUCCUCGCUGUCCAAAAUCUUGUCAUGUAUUCAUCCAAUCAAGAGCGUGCUGAAGUUGAUAUGCCGCCCGAAUUCUCCAAAGCAUGGCUUUACAUCACCAUGGCCAUAGUCUAUGGUUCCAAUGACGACCCUAAGUGGGAUAAUCGGAUGAGGAGGGCCGAAGAGCUCAUCGGUACGGGUUCCAAAAAGCUGGUACAAGGACUCGGCGAAAAUAAUUUACUGGAAAAGGCUGUUGUAAUGCCGCUUGAAGUGCUUUCGCUCAUCACAAUGGGCCUACUGCAAGAUCAGGUCGGCAAAUCUGAUGACAUAUGCGAUACUUACUCUCAGUAUCUCAACUCUCUAGACAAUGCAAUCACGUCGAAGCCCUCCGACAGGUCCUUUCAACAUCAGCUCGAUCUAGUGCAGCAAGAGCUCGUAGCCGUCAAGCGAACAAUCUGGAAACAAAAGUCACUUAUCUAUCGACUACGAAAGUCACUCACCGCUAUUGAUACAGAAGACAUUGUCAUGAGUCAGAUGGAGCAUGAAAUCGUGUUGAAAGAUGCAGAGAAGCAGUACAGCAGCAAACGGCACUACUCGGAGACCUUGCCGCCGCCUCACUCACAACGUCAGGAUGAGGACUAUAAUCGAAUCGUCCCUGUUUCCUAUGUUCAGGAGGUUACACCUGCAAACGACUAUAUGGGACUUGAUGAUGACUUCCUUUUCGAUAUGGCUUCAUCUUCAAAACUGUCUCCUACAGAUGCGGGAGGUUUACGUGGUCUCUUCUUCCUCGAAUGCUCCCGUCUCAUCGAGCAACGUGAGUUUGAGUUUCGACGUUUCAGCGACUUUUCCAAAGACCUCGAGCGGGCGAUUGCAUAUAAGAUGGACUUCACAAGAGACCGACAGGAGCGCGCCAUUUAUGCCUUCACUCUUGUUACUAUCAUUUUCUUGCCCAUCAGCGCGGUUUCGAGUAUCUUUGGCAUGAACACGACUGAUGUUCGUGAUAUGAAUUACUCACAGUGGUUGUACUGGGUGGUUGCUAUACCGGUGACGGUUCUCGUCAUUGUCCUGGGCCUCUGGUUUAUGGGCGAGUUAGGAAACCUAGCUCGAUGGUUAUUCGGGAGACCAGGAAAGGGGGUCUACGGCGGACCGACAGUCAUAUCACAAACAGUCGAACCAGCAUAUUGGGCGGCUCCUCCGACCACACAGCUGGCUACCCAACCGGUAGAGUAUCCAUCGCCGCCAUAUGAGCCGAGGCACAGCUUGCGUAGAAGGGUUCAGGCUCAAGCCUACUACCCUGAGGGCCAGAGCCACAUUUAUCGAUCACGAUAGGUAACUUGGGGGCGAAUACUCGACGCAUAUGGGGAGGACUGCUCGGUUGAGGAUAGCUUUAUCAAUGUUGUACCCAUUUCCUGGGAUAUGUUUAGGAUAAUAAGUCUAUAAUGAGGAUAUUUUACGAUGGACUCAUAACAGUCUUAGGGACA